GUUGUUUGCCACCCACUGUCGAGGAUUGAAAACGCAAUCUGGCUUUGGACGUCGAGUCAGCGGGUCGCUUGUCUCUGCUCGUACGGGCAUUUUUGCUGGCUACCCGUGUCCCCGUUGGCAUACGCAUACAUUCUCGGGCAUUCAGCAAGAUCUUGAAAAAUGAUGCGCGAAGUAGUCCGCAUCCUCCUGGUUGGAGAUGAGCAAGUGGGAAAGAGUACGCUUAUCACGUCUCUGAUCAAAGAGACAUUUGUUCCAAAUAUUCAGCACGUUGUACCGGAAGUUACAAUCCCUCCAGAAUGGACGCGUGAGAAAGUGACUACCCGCAUUGUCGACUCUUCGCCCCGGCCUGAAAACAGAGAGCAGCUUGAUACCGAAGUGCGAAGAGCGGACGUUAUUUGCAUUGUAUACGCUAUCAACAAACCGGAGACAUUUGCCCACGUGGGCGAUUUUUGGUUGCCAUACAUACGAAAGUUAGGACGGAAUGUUCCAGUAGUGCUUGUAGGAAACAAAAUUGACGUAAGAGGGAAAGAUAUCACGAAUGAGGCGCUGGAGGAACAAAUAAUGCCGAUCAUGAAUGAGUUCAAGGAAGUAGAAACAUGUGUCGAAUGUUCGGCAAAACAGCCAUUGAACGUGUCGGAAGUCUUCUAUUUUGCUCAAAAAGCGGUCCUUCACCCGACGGCGCCUCUCUAUGACUCUCGCGAGCAUACAUUGAAACCCGCAUGUAUAGAGGCACUAAGGCGCAUUUUCAAACUGUGUGACCUUGAUAAGGACGGAAUAUUAAAUGACGAGGAAAUUAACGAGUUUCAGACAAAGUGCUUUGGUGCUCCGCUUCAAAGACAGGAACUAGAGAGCGUUAAAGAAGUUGUCCGAGAGAACGAGGUGGAAGGGGUGGUAGAUAAUGGCCUUACCGAGAUUGGCUUCCUCUUUUUGCAUACUUUGUUUAUACAGCGCGGGCGGUUGGAAACCACCUGGACAGUACUGCGACGUUUCGGUUACGGCGAUGAUUUGUCUCUGAGAGAAGAGUUCCUCUGCCCACCAUACGAAAUUACCCCGGGUGGCUCUGUUGAGCUCAGUAGUGACGGCUACAAGUUCUUCAUUGAUCUAUUCCAAACAUUUGAUCAGGAUAAAGAUGGUGCCUUGAAAGAAGCAGAAUUGGCCGAAUUAUUUUCUACGGCACCUGGAAAUCCGUGGGAAUCAACAGGCUUCCCGGAGACGACACUUACUGACGAGUCUGGUGCUGUGACCCUUCAAGGCUUCCUUGCGCAAUGGAGUAUGACGACUCUACUGGAUCACAAGACGACUCUGGCUUACCUGGCUUACUUGGGCUAUAACGGAGAUACGACGACUGCGCUGAAGGUAACGCGCCCACGAAAAGCAGACCGACGCCGAGGCAAAGUGCAGCGGAACGUUUUCCUGUGCUACGUUUUUGGUGCCACAGGUUCAGGCAAGACAGCCUUGUUACGAAGUCUAGUUAACAAGCCAUUUGAGGAACCAUACGUUCCAACCACCAGAUCGUAUUCCGUCGUAAAUUCUGUGGAAAUUGGUGGGGCGGAGAAGUAUUUGGUGAUGCAGGAAUUUGGGCCAAAAUUUGACUCUGAAGUGCUUCAGAACCGAAAGAGACUAGAGGCAUGCGAUGUUUUGUGUUUUCUAUAUGAUUCUGGAGACGUUAACUCCUUUGCUUAUGUCGCCAAUCUCAGGAAUCGCUAUGAGAUUGACCACUUACCAUGCGUCUUCGUGGCUACCAAGAGUGACACGGAUCUUGUGCCACAGCGAUAUGAUAUGCAACCCGAUGCCUAUUGUCGUGGACUAGGUCUUGCGGUUCCAAUAAGUGUAUCAAUAAAGGAUAAUGUGACCGCGGAGCUCUUUGGAAUGCUUGUUGGCGUUGCGAUGGAACCCGGCGUCGCGAUCCCAGGAACAAACAGAGGACCGGCCAACUUACGAGUGGUGCGUUAUGUUACCUUAACAGCUACCGUAGCAGCAAUAAUAGCGGCAGGAUUUUUGGGUUACCGGAUCUUACAUAAUAUUAAACAGAGUUCGUGAACAGCUGCAUAAUCCAUAGAGAAUAUUGCAUACUGAGAGUAUUUCAAUGAGAGUUCCACAGAAAAUAUAUUAUCCCAGUGAAGUACACAGCCUAUCUAUGUUAGUUGAGCUGCCUGAAAACGAGUAGCCAGAGAAUAA